AUGGUGAUCAAUAGAACUGACCCUUUCCAUCGCAGAGAACGAUCCCCAGAUCUCCCUACUGGUCUCUUCAAUUGGGUUGGCGUGUUCAACAAGCUUCCCGAUACUUACGUCUUGAAUCAUCAUUCCCUCGAUGGCUACCUGCUACUUCGCUACCUGAAGAUUUCCGUUUUGAUAACCUUUGUUGGCUGCUGUAUCACCUUCCCCGUCCUCUUCCCAAUCAAUGCCACUGGAGGAAACGGCCAAACGGAGCUGAAUAUGCUAUCCUUCGGAAAUGUCAAGAAUCCCAACCGGUACUAUGCCCACACCUUUGUUGGCUGGAUUUUCUUCACCUUUGUCUUCUACAUGGUCAUGAGGGAAAGUAUCUACUACAUCAACCUACGCCAAGCAUACCUGAUCUCUCCUCUGUAUGCUAAUCGUUUGUCUUCCCGGACCGUGCUAUUCACGUCUGUGCCGGAGGAGAUGCAAAAUGAGGCCAAGUUGCGGAAAGUCUUCGGUCCCCAAGUCAAGAAUCUUUGGAUUGCGAAUGACUGCAAAGAGAUUGAAGAGCUGGUCACCGAGCGAGACAAGGUCGCGAUGAAGUUGGAAGCCGCCGAAACCAAAUUGGUUAAGUCAGCAAACACAAACCGCCUCAAAGCCGCAAAGAAAGGAGGUGCGGCCGAAGCCGCAAUCGGAGCUGAUGGCGACGACGUUGACGGUGAAUCUGGCUCUGUCGCUGCUCGCUUCGUGCAGCCAAAGCAGCGUCCUACCCAUCGCUUGAAACCGCUCAUCGGCAAGAAGGUCGAUACCAUCAAUUGGUGCCGCUCGGAACUUGCUAGUCUGAUACCAAAAAUUGACGCCCUACAAACAAAGCUUCGUGCUGGAGAGGGCAAAUUCAUCUGCUCUGUCUUCAUUGAAUUCUACAACCAGACCGAAGCGCAAGCCGCAUAUCAAAGCCUGGCCCAUCAUCAACCCCUGCACAUGUCCCCAAGGUUCAUUGGUGUUAGUCCUGAGGAAAUCAUCUGGAAGAAUCUGACCAUCAAUUGGGCAUCAAGAAUCGUCCGCAACAUCCUAACGACCUGCUUUGUAUCAGCUCUUAUCAUCUUCUGGGCUAUUCCCGUCGCUUUCGUUGGUGCGAUCUCCAAUAUCAAGGCUUUAUCUCAAGGUGACAACACUGUGACUCCGCCAAAGCCUCCCCUCCUCCCAUGGCUCAGCUUUAUCAACAAGAUUCCCCCUUCGAUCCUUGGUGUCAUCCAGGGUCUUCUACCCUCGGUCCUGCUUGCUGUUCUAAUGGCAUUACUACCAAUCAUCCUCCGAUUGAUGGCCAAAUUGUCUGGAAAGCCUUCACUUUCAAGCAUCGAGCUCCGGGUCCAGAAUUCUUAUUUCCUCUUCCAGGUCAUCCAGGUCUUCCUCGUCACAACAAUCACAUCGUCGGCUUCUGCAGCUGUUGUUUCGAUCAUCAGCAAGCCAGCCGACGCGUUAACUUUACUGUCCGGCGACUUACCGAAAGCCUCCAACUUUUACAUCUCGUAUUUUAUUCUUCAAGGUCUCGCUAUCAGCUCGGGGGCCUUGCUGCAGCUUGUAGGUGUCAUCCUCUUCAAGAUCUUAGGGAAAUUCCUAGAUACGACGCCCCGUAAGAUGUACAAGCGUUUCGUGACACUCUCCGGUCUUGGCUGGGGAACCGUCUUUCCGGUGUACACGUUGUUGACAGUGAUCUCUCUCACUUAUUCGGUCAUUGCUCCCUUGGUGAUGGCUUUCUCUACAAUUGGCCUCUACCUGAUCUACCUCGCCUAUAGGUACAAUCUUCUGUUUGUAUUCAACUCCAACAUCGACUGCCAUGGAUUGGUUUAUCCUCGGGCCCUCCAGCAAACCACCACCGGCAUUUACUUAGCUAUUGUAUGCUUGAUCGCUCUGUUUGCAGUUUCAAAGGCAUGGGGCCCGUUGAUUCUGAUGAUCGUUUACCUCGUCUUUGCGGCCCUCUUCCACCUCUCACUCAACUCAGCUAUCGAUCCGAUGCUACAGUAUCUGCCCAAGACAUUGCAGGUAGAGGAAGACUCACUUCUUGCUCUAGAGAAUGGUCAUCCUGACCCACAAGAAAAGGAGACCAAGAUCGGCACCCAGGCAGUGGAAGAAGUUGAAAAUGGGCUAGGGCCUGCACCGCAUAAAAAGCCAAACAUGCUUACCAAGUUCCUCAAGCCGCAUGUCUACACAGACUAUCAUACAAUGAGGCGCCUUGUUCCUCGUGGUUUUGCCGAUAUUACUUAUGAUCCAGAGGUUGAACGAACAGCAUACUACCAUCCCGCCAUCUCUUCGCCUACUCCAAUCUUAUGGAUCCCACGCGAUCAAAUGGGCGUCUCCAGGCAGGAGUGCAUUCACAGCAGCAAGGUGAUUCCAAUGACAGACGAGAGUGCCGGCUUCGAUGAGACGGGCAACAUGACAUGGGAUCAUGAAAGCGCAAGACCGCCGAUUUAUGAGGAGAAGGUCUAUUACUGA